AAGUGUCAGUCAUUCACCUUAUUCUGUGUGCGAAAACAGCCUUUUGAAAACGGCAACUGAAAUCGAACAUAUUAUCAAUAAGUAAACAUUAAACUAAUUAAAAUGGCAUCAUUUGUAAUGUUAUUGCGUCCUAAUACUUGUAAAAGAUUAGUAAAAACUACCGCGUUAGCAGCUUCAAAUAGCUUGUUGUGGAAAAAUAAUUAUUUUACGUAUUCCAAUCAAAUAUCGCAACCACUUGAUAGAGAGCCUAAGUUUUGCACUGCCGAUGAAGCUUUGAAAGUACUAGAAUCAGGACAAACUGUUUUUGCUCAAGGAGCGGCCGCAACUCCAAUUGAUCUGCUAAAUGCAAUGACUAAACAUGGAAAAGAACGUAAUCUGCGCGACAUAAAAGUAGUUCAUAUGCACACCGAAGGCCCAGCUACAUAUUGUGCACCAGAAUUGAAGGAUAUAUUCCGUUCGGUGUCCACCUUCAUGGGAGGAAAUGUGCGGAAAGCAGUUGCUGAAGGUCGUGGAGACUCUAUACCGAUAUUUUUACACGAAAUCCCUCUAUUGUUCAGAAGAAAAAUGAUUCAACCUGAUAUUGCAUUAAUUCAUGUUUCACCUCCAGAUCAACAUGGUUAUUCAUCUUUAGGAACUAGUGUCGAUUGUGUUCGUGCCGCAUUGGAGAAUUCCAAAAUUAUAAUUGCACAAAUUAAUAAAAACAUGCCAAGAACUUUCGGUGACGGCAUAAUUCAUCAAUCUCAUUUUGACUUUGCUGUAAAUAUAGAUACACCACUUCCAGAACAUGGCACAUCCAAACCAUCAAGUGAAGUUGAGACAAAAAUAGGAAAACUAAUUGCCGAAAAUUUAGUUGAAGAUGGAGCUACUUUACAAAUGGGUAUCGGGAAUAUUCCCGAUGCUGUCUUAAAUGCAUUACAUAACCACAAAGAUUUGGGAAUCCAUUCAGAGAUGUUUGCGGGAGGAGUAGUUGAUUUGGUAGCAAAAGGAUGUGUAACAAAUAAUAAUAAAAUCAUACACAAGGGCAGAAUAGUUGGAUCUUUUUUGAUAGGAACUAAAAAGCUGUAUGAUUUUGUCGAUAAUAAUCCAUUCAUUGAAAUGCUCGAGAUAAACUAUGUGAACAACACAAGUAUUGUUGCUCGCAAUCCCAAAAUGACAGCAAUUAAUUCAGCGAUUGAAGUAGAUCUCACGGGACAAGUGUGUAGUGAUUCAAUCGGAACAAGAAUGUUUUCUGGAUUUGGUGGUCAAGUGGAUUUUAUCAGAGGGGCUGCGGAAGGUUUUGAUGGAAAAGGAAAACCUAUUAUCGCUUUACCAUCUGUAACAAACAAAGGCGAAAGUAAAAUUGUUUCAAUUUUGAAACCGGGUGCUGGUGUUGUAACAUCUAGAGCUCAUGUCCAUUACGUUGUAACUGAAUACGGUAUCGCACAAUUAUUUGGAAAAACUCUCAGGCAACGCGCUUAUGAAUUAAUUCAAAUAGCGCAUCCUGACCAUCGUGAAAAAUUAGAAAAACAAGCUUUUGAGCGGUUAAAUACAAUGCCUUGUAAAUAGACAAAACCAUAAUGGGAAAUUAUGUGCUCAUAUUAUUUAUAAUUGAUAAAAACAAAUAAUAUUUGGAAAGUUUUUCAAUAGUAAAACUUUAAUCAAUUAGAAGCUAAAAUUGUUAGUGCAUUUUUUAAUAUUAAGAUACAGUCAACGUUCCCACAUUCGGCCUGCACUCAUUUUGGACACGUCUUCAAUGCCAAAAGGCAAAUUUCGAGCAAAUUUUAAUUCCGAAAAUUAAAAAAUUAAUCUUAGAAAUGUGUAACUAACAAUGUUAUUAGGUAUUAUUAGGUAUGUUUUUAUCUUCAAAAAUGCCUUUUUUCUACUAAGCUGAGAAAAUAAUCUGUCAUUUUUUUGUAAUUAUUGUUUUUUACAUUUUAGUACACGGAAUAUUAAUAUAAAAUAGUUAUGGAUUCUCAAUUUGGACGAUUUUCAAUUUUAUAGGGGCCGAUUGUGGGAGCGUUGACUGUAUUUACCAAACAUUAUUUUAUAUUUUUAUCGUUUGUUAUUUACCAUACAUUUAAAUAUGUGUUGCAAAAUAAAUUUAUUCUAUAAAAUUGUUGUCAAUAAACUCUGUUACGGCUUGUUACAGUU